UUCACUUACUCAAUGAACUCGAAUAUGAAGUUGAAAACACUAGUUUUUAUUUUAUUGGCAACCGACAUCACUGCUACAGCAAACUCUGUCACUCUACUUAAACCAACAAUCGGUGUAUCUACAAAGAACCUGCAUAAAUAUACCAGUAUCAAGCCAGGUGAUGUAUUUUCAUGUCUUGAUGGGUCAAUGCAAAUCCCAUCCGAAGCCAUCAACGAUGACUACUGUGACUGCCCAGAUGCAAGCGAUGAGCCAGGUACAUCUGCUUGUGAUAAUGGCGUCUUUACAUGCAUCAACAAGGAUCAUAUCGAGUCAAGUAUCCCCAGCUCCAGGGUAAAUGACGGUGUAUGUGAUGAAAUUUGUUGUGAUGGAAGCGAUGAACAUUCGGGACUCAUAACUUGCCCCAAUCGCUGUAUUGAAAAAGCCAAAAUUGAUCAAGAAUAUAAAUCCGUUGUAGAAAACACUCGUAGAUUGGGUGCAUUGGUUAAGCUUGAGUAUAUUCAAAACUCUCAACUUAUUUUGGAUGAAUUACAAAUGGAACUUGACGAACAUUACAAGAAAAGUCAAAUCUUGCAAGACGAAGAAACACAUCAAAAUGGCAAGUAUUAUUUAACGCACCUUGAAUCGCUUCAAGAAAUGUUUACAGAUGCACAGAAAAAGAAGUUGCAUGAUGAAGAAGCUUGUAGCAUCAAAAUGAAAAGCCGGGAUGAGUGGCUAGAUGCUAUACUAAAUGCUACAAACUUAUUAGAGUUGAAGCAGCGUGACAAAGAUAUUGACAAAAUUCUUGCUGUGCGAGAUAGUAUUGUUUCCCAGCAACAUGAAGAAGCAAGCGUAUCUGAGCAGUCUUCAGUCAUUAGUUUUAAAGAUCACUCUGAUGAGAUACGCGAUACCAAUCAAAAAAUACUGGACAUUAAAAAACAGCUCGACAAUGUCAACUAUCAAAUGCAGAGAAUCACCAAAGAACUUGACUUGGACUAUGGACCAGAAGACGUAUUUGUGUCACUUUACAGACAAUGUUUUGAGCAGAAUCAUAUGCAGUACAAAUAUAAACUGUGCUUUAUGGAGGACGUGCACCAGGAUCGAGUUAAUUUGGGCAUAUUUGAUUCAUGGGGUACAGGAGAGUCUAAUACCAAAUAUCACGAAAUGAACUUUAAACAGGGCGAGCAGUGCUGGAAUGGACCAGAGAGAUCCACCAAAGUCAUGUUUUCAUGUGCACAAGAGAAUGCUAUCUUGAAUGUUCAAGAGCCCAACAAAUGCGAGUAUGUGAUUAUUGCCACAACUCCCGCUGUUGCGAGAUUCGUGAUGUAGAUC